AUGCAAACAAGCAAAUUGUUAUCAACAUCGAGGAUUUUCCUUCUCGGAUCAAGCAAAUUAUUUACUUGUGGUUCUAGAGUUGUUAUUAGUCAACAACCGAUUUUUCAAUCAACAAGACCAUUUAGUACUCAAUUGAAUAAGUUAUGCUCGGAAUCAUCAAUAAGAAAAUCCAAGCCUUCGUUCAAGAAGGAAAAAUCCUUUGGAGCAUCAUCAUCGGAAAAGAAGAAUAAACCAAUCAAUAUGGAAAAGAAAGAUUUUCAGAAAAACAAGGUUGCACCAUCAACAAUAGAAAAGAAAGAAAAGAAAUUAACCUAUUCACCAGAGGAGAAGAGUCACUACUUUCAACAAAUUAUAUUUCCUUUAAGAAAAGCAUUGAAAGAAAGAAAUAUUGAAAAGUGUUUAUGGUUUUUUGAAAGUGAAGCACCAAAAUAUUUAGUGAGCAUUCCAAUUCAAGAAACCAAUGAAAUGUUAGUUCUUUUGGGUGGUGUUGGUAAUUUCAAAAAAGCUUAUGAGAUGUACUCUAAAGUUUUGGAAAAGUAUCAAAGUAGUGGUGGAGCCAAACCUGAUAUUAACACUGUUGAGAGUUUGUUCUUUGCUGCCAAACAAAAUAGAGAUUUAUCAUCAUUGAAUAUGUUGAAAAGAUUGGAGGUAGUAUUGUUGGACGACAUGGAAGCUCUUAAUCUUAAAUUGAAUAAUAGAAUUUUCCACGAUUUGAUUGCUGUUAUAUUAUAUGGACUUAGGGGUUCACAUAGUGCUGAUUUAAAGUCAGCUCUCAAUGGAGAAGAAGUAAGAGGAACUCCAUACUUGGAAUUAACAUCUAAAACUAUUUUGGAAUUAUAUAACAAACUCACUAAUAAGACCAAGUUUGUACAUACUACAAUGAUUCAAUAUCUCCAAAAAAUGGGUGAUGUUGAAUAUAUUUUCCAUAUCUAUGAUGAAUUGAAGAAGGGAGAAAAUUCUGUUGCUUUAGAUACUACAUUUUACAAUACUUUAAUUAUGUGUUUAAUUUCAAACAAAUUUGAAACCUAUGACGAUGUUCUUUUCAUGUUUGAAGUCUACAGAGAAAUGGUUGAAGUUGGUGGAUGUAAACCUUCGUGUCACACAUAUAACAUGAUGCUUUCUGCUCUCAAAGUAGCUCAUGAAAAAAACAUGUUUGAAAAUAGAAUUGAAUCCUCCACUAUUGAACCUUCUUUCUCAAUUGUUGAGCUAUAUAGGAAAGUUAAAAGAGUCUAG